AAACGUACUAGUCUAUCAGCCAUGGCUGCUAUGUCCGUGAUCGGAAUUGACUUCGGUAACGAAAGUUGUUAUGUGGCUGUAGCACGCGCAGGAGGCAUUGAAACCAUAGCUAAUGAUUAUAGUCUUCGAAGUACACCAUCAUGUGUAGCAUUCAGUGGAAAAAAUCGAAUUCUUGGUGUGGCAGCCAAAAAUCAAAUGGUAACCAAUAUGAAAAAUACCAUUCAUGGAUUUAAAAGAUUAUUGGGUAGAAAAUAUAAUGACCCACAAGUACAAAGAGAGCUUCAGAUGUUACCUUUUAAGGUAACUCAUCAGUCAGAUGGAAGUAUUGGUAUACAUGUACAAUAUUUAGGAGAAGAACACAUUUUUUCACCUGAACAAAUAACUGCAAUGUUAUUCACAAAAUUAAAAGAUAUAUCUGAAACUGCUCUUCAGACUAUUGUUAAUGACUGUGUUAUUUCUGUUCCUUCAUAUUUCACACAAGCUGAGCGUCAGGCAUUGCUUGAUGCUGCACGAAUUGCUGGUUUAAAUGUUCUUAGAUUAUUUAAUGAAACAACAGCUACUGCUUUGUGCUAUGGCAUCUAUAAACAAGAUUUACCAGCACCUGAAACAUCUCCAAGAAAUGUAGUUUUUGUUGAUUGUGGAUAUGCAAGCUUACAAGUGAGCAUUUGUGCAUUUCACAAAGGAAAAUUGAAGAUGAUAGCAAGUGCUGCUGAUAGUCAAUUAGGUGGAAGGAAUAUAGAUUCUAUUUUAGCAGAACACUUUUGUAAAGAAUUUCAGUCACGUUAUAAUAUUGAUCCACACACCAAUCCACGAGCAUAUAUAAGACUAUUAGGAGAAGUAGAAAAAUUGAAAAAACAAAUGUCUGCCAAUUCAACAACACUUCCUCUUAAUAUUGAAUGUUUUAUGGAUGAAAAAGAUGUACAUGGCGAAAUGAAACGAGCAGAUAUGGAAGCGAUGUGUGCACACUUAUUUAAACGCGUUGAAUCAACUUUACGUCAAUGCCUUGAAGAUUCUAAAUUAAAAUUAGAAGAUAUUCAUUCAGUUGAAUUAGCAGGAGGUUUUAGUCGUGUUCCUGCUAUUAAACGAUUAGUUGAAGAAGUUUUUGGACGUACUGUAUCUACGACGUUAAAUCAAGAUGAGGCAGUUGCUCGAGGAUGUGCACUUCAAUGUGCAAUGUUAAGUCCUGCCGUUAGAGUUCGUGAUUUCUCGGUGACUGAUAUUCAACCAUAUCCAUUAAAAUUAACAUGGGAUCCUACUCAAGGCGAAGAAGGUGAAAUGGAAAUUUUUGGACACAAUCAUCCUGUACCAUUUUCAAAAACGUUAACAUUUUAUCGAUCAAAUCCAUUUACACUCACUGCCAGCUAUUCUGUACCACCAUCAUCAUAUCCUCAAACUCAUAUUGGUACAUACACAAUAAAAAACGUAAAACCAACGCCGGAAGGAGAGCUAUCAAAAGUUAAAGUAAAAGUAAGAGUGAACCUGAAUGGCAUUCUUACUAUUGUUUCGGCAUCAUUAAUUGAAAAACGUGAACUUACACAACAAGAAAAAGAAGAAGAGGAAAAACAACAACAACAUCAGCAACAACAAAAUAAUAUGGAUGUUGAUCAGCAGCAAGAUAAAAAAGAUAAACCUGAUCAAGAAGCACAAGCAAAUGAACCACCGGCACCUGAGGUGAGCAUGGAUAAAACGCGACGGAACUCAGAUGCUGAUGAUGGUGGAAGAGGUGCGAGGGGUUCUGCCCCUUCCUACUCCUCCAGGAUUCUCUCUUGGCUCAGCUCGAGCGAUGAUAAAAAUGAUGAAAAUAAAGGUAAAAAGAAAGUUCCUAUUCGUACAAUUGAUUUGCCAGUAGAAAUGCGUGAAUAUGGACUUUCUCAACGUGACUUUGAUGCUGCAGUAGAAAAAGAAGCUAAAAUGAUUGCUGAAGAUAAACAAGAAAAAGAACGUGUAGAUGCGCGUAAUGCAUUAGAAGAAUAUGUUUACGAUCUUCGUGCUAAAUUAUCAGAAGAGGAUCAAUUAUCUACAUUUGUUACAGAAAUAGAUAAAGAAGCACUUUGUCGUACAUUAGAUGAAACUGAAAAUUGGUUAUACGAAGAAGGUGAGGAUUGUCAACGACAAAUUUAUUCAGAACGAUUAACACGUCUUAAGUCACAAGGUGAACCAAUUAAAGAAAGACGAGUAGAAUAUGAAGGUCGAGGUCACGCACUAGAUGAUUUAUCAGCAGCUUUACAACUUGCUAAAAAAGGGGUAGAUCUCAUUAGAGCAUCCAGUGGAAAGGAUGAUAAAUAUUCUCAUUUAACAGAAGAAGAGGUAAAGAAGGUUGAGAAAGCAGUACAUGAAAAAUGGACCUGGUUGGAAGAAAAACGCAUACUUCUUGCCAGUACACCUCGCACACAACAACCACCAGUUACUGUAGCACAAAUUCGUGGAGAAAAAUUGACAUUGGAUAGUAUUGUACUACCAAUUUUAAAUAAACCAAAACCUAAGAUUGAACCACCAAAAGAAGAAAAACCUAAAGAUAAAACUGGUGAAGAUCAUCAAAAAAAUCAAAAUAGCCAAGGUGAUGGCCAUAUUCAGACUAAUCAGCAACAACAACCCCAAGAAGAAAAAAUGGAUGUUGAGUAACAAUCAUCCUAUUUUAUGUGUUUUAAUGCUAUUAAAUCUAUCACGAUUAAAAUAUCGAAAAUUAUGUCAUCACAUAAAUCAUUUUUAUCAUGUCACAAAAGCGCCUGAUAUAUUUUUAGUUAGCACAUGUGAUUGAUUGUUUUUUCUCUUCUUCUCCUAUCACAAUCAUCGAUGUGAUAAGUUUAUGUAUUUAUGAUGGACUGUAUCAUUAAUUUAAGUAUAUUGAAAUCUGAAGAAUUUUUAUCGUAAAUCAUUAAGAAAAGAACAUGUGUAUGUUUUAAUAUAGUAAUUUAUGUAAGACAAUUUCUUUCAAAUAAAUUAUAAUAAGUUAAGAUUGACGUGAAAUUCAAGAUAUGAUUUUUUAAAAUUGUUUCAUUAAUAGUACAUUUUCGAAAAUUAACCAUUUAAAUUAAAAGAGCAUGACAUUUACAAUAAUCUUAUUUCAAUUUCAAGAAGUUACAAAUAUCAUAUAAUUUAAUUAAAAAAUUCUUCAAUUUUUAAUAUGCUUUUAGAAAAGUAUAACAAAAUUUAUCAGUGAAGUACUCUAAAGAGUUUCCUGAUUUCAUUGCCAGUAGAAAGAUUUAAUACAUUGUUACUUAUAAUAUAUAGGACAAAUAUUAAGUUAGAGCUAAUAACUAAAUUAAAAUGUGAAGUAGUUAAUAUCGCUGGCGAUCUUAUGUAUUUAAUACAAUAAGUAUUCAUUCCAACACUUUUCUAGGCCGACAGCGAAAUAUUCUGUCAUAUAAACUUUUGUUGCAUUUACAAUACUUAAAUAAAUUAAUAUUUCAUUAAUGAAAUUUAUUAAGCUUGUUCUAGGUUUUGCUAAAGCUUCGUGUGUUUAAAAGAGCUGCUAACCUAAAUCGUGUACAAUUUAUGAUACUUUAAUAUUAUCGAAGCUUUGAUGACAUGAAAUUUCUAAAAAUGAAAAAUUAUAGUUAGGUAUAUUGUACAUAAUUAAUAGUUUUUCAUAAAAGUAAAAAAUAUUUUCUCGUUUGAUCUGUGUUUCAAUUAAUUUGAUAUCUUUUUUUGCAAUUCUUGCAAAGAUAUUUUAUCUAGAAUACUAUUCUUCUUCAUUCGUACUACUAAAAAAAAUCAGUGAUAUAUUGUUAUGUUGUAUUAUAUUAAUUACAAAUUCAUUUUGUUAUUUAUUCUUUCUUGAAGAUAAAAAAAUACAUGGCUUCUAUUCAGUAUCAUUAGGGGCGGAUUUGUACUAAACUUUUGUAAUAGUUGUUUGUAUUUCUUAAUUUUUUCUAAAAAUUCAUAUAUCAAUAUAUUUUCUACAUAGUUAUCAAAAUUAUCUGCCUAGAGAAUUAUAAAUUCGCUCCUGAUCUAGUACUGUGAUCAUAAAGUGCACUAUAAUUAAUUUAUCCAUCUGAUGUGAUGUAUUGAGGCACUAUAAAUUAUAAAAUGUACUACAAGAUUUCUCAAAUAUAAAAGUAAAAUAUGUAUAAUGGAAUUAUAUUCCAUGUAGAUGUAUGUAUAUUGCAAAGUUUGUGCUGUACAAUAUGCAAAUAUUGUGUGGGAAUGCCAUUGCUUUUUUUAUUUAGUAAUUAUGUUCCAUUAAUUAAUACAAGUACAGAUAAACUUUCCCUUUGCACAAUUCACAGUAUUCAAUAAAAAAAAAACGAAAUAUCAACAAAGAAGUAAGCGAUUGCAGAAUGUAAUGCAAUAUAAUGUAACAUUUUUUUCCGAUAAUUAUACACGAAUAAAUAUGUUAUCCAGAAA